UUUCAGGGGUUUCCGAAUGCUCUCAGCAUUCUGCUGCAGUUUUCAGUGUCCCUGCUGGCUGCUGAGGGACAGGAACUGAAGGGCCCUGGGCUGAAGCAGAGACAGUCAGGAGGCCGGCCGCCCACGGAUGGCAUUGUAAAGAAUCAGCUUUGGGAUUGCUCUCCUGUGUGGGACUGUCUGAGAUAACCUGCAGCCGGUCAGUGUUUCUGCUCACACUCCUGGUCUCCAGGCAGGAUGAUGGAGAGGUCGAACACUCGGUGGAAAACGAAAAGGUUGCUGAGAAUCUGCACCUUAUUCACAAUAACAUGUAUAUCAUCCCUUCAAGUUUCAAGUGUAAGAGGAGCUGAUCCUGUUGAUGUUUUGCGAGCAUUAGAAUUUCACAAUUUGCCAGAGGGAAUUAUUAAAACGCCUGGAUACUGCAAGAACAGACGGAACACACAGGGGACAGAUGUGGCAUAUAGAGUGACUAAACGAGCUCAGCUCAGUGCUCCAACCAAGCAAUUAUAUCCAGGUGGACAAUUCCCACGCGAUUUCUCCAUCUUAGUUACAUUAAAACCAAAGAGGAGCACGCAGGCCUUCCUACUCUCCAUUUACAAUGAACAAGGAGUGCAACAGAUAGGGAUGGAGGUUGGCAGAUCUCCGGUUUUCCUGUUUGAGGAUCAGAAUGGUCGACCGGCACCCGAGGAAUACCCCAUAUUCACCGCAGCAAACUUCGCAGACAAUAAGUGGCACCGUGUGGCCAUUAGUGUUCAGAAGAGGAAUGUGACAAUGAUUGUCGACUGUAAACAGAAAAUCUCCAAACCGCUUCCGCGGAGUAAGAAUGCUGUUGUGGAUACCAAUGGUAUUGUGGUGUUUGGUACAAGGAUCCUGGAUGAGGAAGUGUAUGAGGGUGAUAUCCAGCAGCUGUUAAUUGUCCCUGAUCCUCGCGCUGCCUAUGAUUACUGUGAAUAUUACAGUCCCGACUGUAACAGUCCUCUACCUAACAUCCUUCAGGCUCAGGAACCAGAGGUCAAUGAGUACCUUCCGCAAGAAAUACUGGAAUAUGACUAUGAUUAUAGUGAUGGAGACUUUAUAGAGUUUGACUAUCAACCCACUGAGGAAAAAUCAACACUGGAAGAGACAGACUUGCCAACUGAGGUUGCGAACAAUGUGUUACCUGAAGAGACUGGGGAGGAAUAUUACUUUGAAACCUAUGAAGAAACAACGACCAGCUCAACAGUCAGAGAGAAGGCUAAUGAGACAAAUAUUGAAGAAGACUAUAAAGAGGAAUAUCUGACUGGCGAGGAUUAUUAUCUUGAAAAGAAACAGACAGAAGAAGAGAAACAGGAUCUCGAUGAGUAUGACCUCACCGAGUAUGAUUUCAAAGAGUACGACCCCAGUGAAUAUGACCUGAAGGAAUAUGAUGGCAAAGAACAUGACCUCAAAGAGCAUGACCUCAAAGAGCAUGACCUCAAUGGGCAUGACCUCAAUGAGCAUGACCUCAAUGAGCAUGACCUCAAUAGACAUAACGCCAAAGCUUCUUCCAGCACUGGAACUGGUACUAAUGACCAUGACUUCAGAGCGUAUGAUGUUGAAGAAUAUGACCACAACCGUUAUGAAGAUGAAUAUUAUUAUGGAGUCCCAGAAUACGAGGAUAAAGAUCCAAUAAGCACAUCUACUAGGGAGGAGUUUGGUCCUGGGGUACCAGCUGAGACAAGUGUGAAUACUAAUUCUCUCGGCCUGUUGGGUGAGAAGGGACAGAAAGGCGAACCAGCAGUGGUGGAACCUGGAAUGUUGAUCGAAGGACCUCCUGGAUUAGAAGGGCCACCGGGUCUUCCAGGCUCCCCCGGUCUGACAGGACCUCCAGGUCCCCAUGGUGAUCCAGGUCAGAGGGGUCCUACUGGACGAGCUGGGCUUCCUGGAGCAGACGGACUGCCUGGUCCCCCAGGUACCAUGUUAAUGCUACCGUUCCAAUAUGGAUCAAGUGGUGAGAAGGGCCCAGUGAUAUCAGCUCAGGAAGCACAGGCUCAGGCCAUCUUACAACAAGCAAGGAUUGCGAUGCGAGGUCCUUCUGGUCCAAUGGGGCUGACUGGAAGAGCAGGUCCUGUGGGGCUUCCUGGUGGCACUGGACUUAAAGGUGAAGAAGGUGAAGAGGGCCCACAGGGUCCCCGAGGGAUUCAAGGAGCUCUUGGUGCGCCUGGGAAGCCAGGGAAGAGGGGUCGUUGUGGUGCUGAUGGGUCCAGGGGGAUGCCGGGGGAACCAGGGGCAAAGGGUGACCGAGGCUUCGAUGGAUUGCCUGGCCUUCCUGGCAUGAAAGGGAACCGGGGUGAGACAGGAGCACUGGGUCCACCUGGACCACCAGGCGAUGAUGGUGAAAGGGGUGAUGAUGGAGAGAUUGGGCCACGAGGGUUGCCUGGUGAAGCUGGAUCGAGAGGUCUCCUUGGACCACGUGGAUCUCCGGGGCCCCCAGGACAACCUGGUCCUACAGGUUUGGAUGGGCCCCAAGGUUCAAAAGGAAACAUGGGCCCUCAAGGAGAGCCAGGACCAGCUGGACAACAGGGCAUCCCCGGACCUCAAGGUCUACCCGGACCUCAAGGUACAAUCGGACCUCCUGGAGCUAAGGGGCCUCAGGGUAAAGCUGGGCUGCCGGGUCUGGCAGGAGCUGACGGGCCCCCAGGCCACCCAGGCAAAGAGGGACCAUCUGGGGAGAAAGGUGCACAGGGAUCUUCAGGCCCACAAGGUCCAAUUGGGUAUCCAGGACCUCGAGGAGUGAAGGGUGCCGAUGGAGUUCGUGGACUCAAAGGGGGAAAGGGGGAAAAGGGUGAAGAUGGUUUUCCAGGGUUUAAAGGUGACAUGGGUCUUAAAGGAGAAAGGGGUGAAACCGGCCUAGUGGGACCACGAGGUGAGGAUGGACCUGAGGGUCCUAAAGGUCGUGCUGGACCUCCAGGAGACGCUGGAUCACCGGGAUCUGCUGGAGAGAAGGGGAAACUCGGUGUUCCAGGCUUGCCCGGAUAUCCAGGGAGACAAGGUCCAAAGGGAUCGACUGGAUUCCCAGGAUUUCCUGGAUCAAAUGGAGAGAAAGGAGCGAGGGGUGUUCCUGGGAAAUCUGGCCCGAGGGGACAGAGAGGUCCAACAGGUCCACGUGGAGGUCGUGGUCCGAGAGGUCCCACAGGCAAACCAGGACCAAAGGGAACCUCUGGCAACGAUGGACCGCCUGGAACUUCUGGGGAAAGGGGACCUCAAGGACCCCAGGGCCCAACAGGAUUUGCUGGACCCAGAGGCCCUCCUGGUCCAGCGGGUAAAGAUGGAUUGCCAGGACAUCCUGGACAGAGAGGCGAAACUGGUUUCCAAGGCAAGACUGGCCCCCCAGGUCCAGGAGGGGUGGUUGGACCUCAGGGCCCGACUGGAGAGACAGGACCGUUAGGUGAGAGAGGACACCCAGGUCCACCUGGGCCGCCGGGGGAACAAGGACUCCCGGGAUCUGCAGGAAAGGAAGGUGCUAAGGGCGAUCCUGGUCCAUCGGGUGUUGGAGGAAAAGAUGGUCCACCCGGUCUACGAGGUUUCCCAGGGGAGAGAGGUCUCGCCGGAGCAAUGGGACCAGCUGGAUUGAAAGGAGGUGAAGGUCCCAUUGGACCAACUGGUCCAGUUGGAUCUCCUGGUGAGCGGGGAUCUGCUGGACCUGCUGGGCCUAUUGGUCUUCCUGGGCGUCCUGGACCUCAAGGCGGUCUUGGUCCUGCUGGAGAGAAAGGAGCUCCUGGGGAGAAAGGGCCUCAGGGUCCGGCUGGUCGUGAUGGAGUUCAGGGACCUGUUGGUCUGCCUGGUCCCGCUGGUCCACAGGGACCUCCAGGGGAAGAUGGUGACAAGGGUGAGAUUGGAGAACCAGGUCAAAAGGGCACUAAAGGAGGAAAAGGUGAACAAGGACCUCCUGGACCUCACGGUCUCCAAGGACCCAUUGGACAACCUGGACCAGCAGGAGGAGAUGGAGAGCCAGGUCCCAGAGGACAGCAGGGAAUGUUCGGACAGAAAGGUGAUGAAGGAUCGCGUGGAUUCCCUGGGCCUCCUGGACCAAUUGGUCUUCAGGGUCUCCCAGGGCCACCAGGUGAAAAGGGUGAGACUGGUGAUGUCGGUGCCAUGGGACCGCCUGGACCUCCCGGCCCAAGAGGACCACAGGGCCCCAGUGGAGCUGAUGGAGCUCAAGGGCCCUCUGGUGGUGUUGGUUCUCCUGGUGGUGUUGGUGAGAAGGGUGAGACGGGUGAAGCUGGUGACCCAGGACCUCCUGGUGAGCGGGGUCGAUUGGGUCCUAAAGGUGAUCUCGGAGACAAAGGUGAGGCGGGUCCCCCAGGAGCAGCGGGUCCUGCUGGACCCAAAGGACCACCAGGAGAUGAUGGGCCUAAAGGCAACCCUGGCCCUGUUGGUUUCCCAGGGGAUCCUGGACCUCCUGGAGAGCCAGGGACGCCAGGUACAGAUGGAACAUCUGGUGAGAAAGGUGAAGAUGGAGAGUCAGGGCAACCUGGACCCCCUGGACCAUCUGGUGAAGCAGGACCCCCGGGACCUCCUGGAAAACGGGGACCUCAUGGAGCUGCUGGUGCUGAAGGAAGACAAGGAGACAAAGGAGCUAAAGGUGAAGCAGGUGCAGAGGGACCUCCAGGUAAGACUGGCCCAGUGGGACCUCAGGGACCUCCAGGAAAAUCAGGCCCUGAGGGUUUACGAGGAAUUCCUGGCCCUGUUGGUGAACAAGGUCUCCCUGGACCACCUGGUCAAGAUGGACCACCAGGACCAAUUGGCCCUCCUGGUUUGCCCGGAUUGAAGGGGGUUCCAGGAAACAAGGGUGAGAAGGGCCAUCCAGGUCUAAUUGGGCUGAUCGGACCUCCAGGUGAACAGGGUGAGAAAGGAGACAGAGGACUGCCUGGGCCACAGGGAACCCCAGGAAUCAAAGGAGACAUUGGCAUUACUGGAGCUUCAGGACCCAUUGGUCCCCCCGGACCUCCUGGUUUACCUGGUCCACUGGGUCCAAAGGGUUCGAAGGGUUCGACGGGUCCUGCUGGUCAGAAAGGAGAUACCGGUUUAAUUGGACUUCCUGGACCUCCGGGCCCACCAGGUGAGGUAAUCCAGCCUCUGCCAAUCCGGUCACCAAAGAAGACACGAAGAUCUUCCGAUGGGAUGCAGGCAGACGAGAGGGACAACAUCCUGGAUUAUACCAAUGGCAUGGAGGAUAUCUUUGGCUCUCUUGACAACUUGAAAAUGGAAGUUGAUCGAAUGAAAAACCCAAUGGGUACACACACCAACCCAGCUCGGACCUGCAAGGACCUCCAGCUAUCUCACCCAGACUUCCCUGAUGGUGAAUAUUGGAUUGAUCCUAAUCAAGGAUGUCACGGAGAUUCUUUUAAGGUUUACUGCAACUUUACCAGUGGAGGGGAGACCUGCAUCUACCCAGACAUGAAAUCAGAAGGGACUCGAAUCUCUCCCUGGCCAAAGGAGUCCCCUGGGUCUUGGUUCAGUGAGUUCAAGCGAGGCAAACUGCUCGCCUAUGUGGAUUCUCAGGGUGAGCAAAUUAACUUGGUGCAGAUGACAUUCCUGAAGCUGCUUAGUGCCUCUGCACGACAGAACUUCACCUAUCACUGCCAGCACUCUGUGGCCUGGUAUGACUCAGCAUCCGACAGUUAUGACAAGGCACUGAGAUUCCUGGGAUCCAAUGACGAGGAGAUGUCACAUGAUAACAAUCCAUACAUCAAAGCCAUCUACGAUGGUUGCACGCUAAGAAAAGGUUUGGAAAAGACUGUUCUGGAGAUUAAUACCCCAAAAGUGGAUCAAGUUCCAAUCAUCGACUUGUUGGUGAGUGACUUUGGCAACAGCAACCAGAAGUUUGGAUUCGAGGUUGGCCCUGUGUGUUUCCUGGGCUAAAGACUGAGUGUGGAACUGCCAGACAAAUCGAUAUCUUCACUCUGCCACACCUACCACAAGACACAUGCAAGUUUUGAUCCUGGAUGGAAUAAAAAUUCUCUCUCACUGUGUAUGUACGUAUUAUUAUCUAGAAAUUACUAAAUGCCCUUGUGGGGCCAGAAUCACAUGACUUAAACCUAUUAUGGGAAACCUGGAAGAACUUCCGAUGGUGUUGAGUUUUCUCGGUGCAAGGGGAACAGCAUUGGUCCGACCUCAAGGUAGGAUGGAACCCAACAGAUACCAUCAGUACUGCAUCCCCGGCUACUCAUGGUGUUCCCACACAUUGCAAAGGUGCUAAGAAGAUGUAUUUUAAUGAACUGUAAUUAUUCUAUUGUAAAAUACCGUUUAUACCUGUUUCCACUUUCAGAACUUGCAGGUGUCUAUCUGGCUGCCAAUUUUUAAUGUGCCAUUUUCAAUCCUUUUUUUUGGAAAAUUGAAAACAAACUGUGUAAUAAUUAAAAAAAACUAAAUAAAAUGUUAGCCUCUUGUGAACGAGUUGCAUUCUUCCUGUGAUUGUGAACAAAUCAGGGGCUCUGUCUUUAAUAUGUGACCACGAGCUGAGCUUAGGUCAUUGGGAUAUUGGAAUAUCUUUGCAGCUCUGGGGAUGGGGCACAGCUGAUUGGAUAAACUCUUCCAAAGAGCAAACCACUGCAGGCAUGAUGGCUCAGCGAGCCUCUUCUGUGCUAUAUCACUCCAUUUAGGAUGUUGGUGGUGUCGUCUUUUACAGCGAGUUUCCAAUUUUUGAGGCUUAGUCUGCCUAAGGAUGCAAAAUUCUGUGUUAUGGUGCUAUAUUUCUAAGUUUGAAUUGUGUUCUGAAGAGUGUAGGAUGUGUCGAAGGCACUCCCAGAAUCUAACAAUCUCAGCUGACCAGCAACAACUGCCAACCUACCUUUGAUUGAGGUCAAGUUCACUGCUCCACACUAAAUGAGCGUGAGACCUCACUGCCCUGGCUUCUCUCUGUGUUUCCUCAAUCUCAGCCUCUCUGCCUUGCUUGUCCACCCUUUCAUUCUGCUUUUAAGCUGAGGAAUUGUUCUCAGACGAUUGUAAUGUGAGAUCCAUGUACUAAUUUAGAGACCUUUUGUUAAAGUCAAGAGCUGCCUUGGAAUAGCUUGUCUGGCAAUUCUUUCUCUUAAACAAGCUACAUUUCUUAACCCAUUGUAGGUUAAAGGCCAUACAUGGCCCAUAAUAUGUCUAGGUCAUGUGAUUCUAACUCAUUGCUAAGCAACAAGUAAGGAGAUUAUAUACCGGCAGAAUUUCCAUGAAUCCGAAAACCGGUUUGUUAAAAUUGUUUUUUUGCAAUUCCCUCUUGGAUCCUUAUCUGAGGGGAGUGAUCCUACUUUCACUUUGUAAUUCAUUUCAUAAUCUAUGUAAGACUUGAAAAGAUGAGUUUGGUUAACGAUUAACUUCCAGAGUUGAUCAAUAAUCAGACCCCGCCAAUAAUCUGUGACAUUUGAGAUUCAAAAUGGAGAUGCUGCAUUUCCUCUCACUCCCAGACCAAAGUUUGUAAAGACAAACCUGGGAAAUAAGACAGAAUUUCAUGAAUAAAAAUCAAGUCUUGUCUA